AUGGAUGAAUCAGGGUUACCAGCAGACGUUUUGAUAAUCGGCGGAGGGCCUGCGGGCUCGAAUGCAGCAUGGGAGCUAGGCAAAGCUCACCAUCGAGUGACCCUGUUUGUUGGUGACGAGCCUGUACCCAGUCCUGCUGGCGAGACGAAAGAUCCCUCGGUGCCUGCUCUACUGAAGAACCGCGAGCUAGUCCACCUUUUUCGAGAACAAACAGGCAAAGCACUGCCAGCCACAGUUACAGUUGAGAGAAGGAGAAUAACGCAAGUGAGACGGCUCCCAAACGGCAUAUUCGAGGCAGAAGAUGCCAGGGGUGCUGUCUGGCCCGGCCGACUGCUUAUCCUGGCUGACGGUGCAGAGGAAGUGAUGCCUGAUAUUGCUGGGUAUCAAACCUGCUGGCAGCAGCAACGCAUAUUAAUGCAUCCGUCUGAAGGAAAACAUGGCCGUGUCCCCGUCGCCGUCCUGGCCGUAGGAGAGCUGGCCGAACUGACCAUGGCCCUCCACACCGUCUGGCAGAUCCGCCAGUUUGCCUCUGCCGUGCGAGUCUACACGCAUGGAGACCGCGAGCUGGCCCAGGAGCUGCUAUCCCGGGUUUCCCCUGAUGCCGCAAUCACCGUCGAAGCCGCAUAUAUCGAGCAGCUCCAGCCGGACACCGACUCAUCCCACGGCGUCACCAUCCAGCUCGACACCGGGAACAGUGAACGGGCAUACCUCUACCACCGCCGGGCUGCACAGCUCAGGGGCAGCGAUCCCUUUGCGCGCCAGCUCCAGCUCGAGCUGACCGAGUCAGGGGCAAUCCGCAUCUCAGCCCGCGUCCCGUACAUGACCAGCGUCGACGGGGUGUAUGCCAGCGGCGACUGCGCGUCCCUUGGCCAGCGGACGCUCUUCAAAGCCCUGGCCAUGGGCGAGGGAGUCGCAGCAGCUGUCGCAGCCCGCCUGGAGCGAGGGAGAUGGAGGAAUAUGGCAUGUGAGGAGGAGCAACCCCUAUAG